AUGAGUCUUUUAGCAUGCUUCUCAACUUUACCAGAUUCUUACAAAGAGUCAAAAAAGAUCAUGAGAAACCUCAGACUUUCCUAUGAAAAGAUCGAUGCAUGUGUUAAUGAUUGCAUGUUAUAUUGGAAGGAGAAGGAGAAGCUAGAUGCAUGCAAUAUUUGCGAUGCAUCGAGAUGGAAAACUAACAAACACAGUGGGAAAGACGAGUGUAAGUCAAAUGGUAAAAAAAUACCUCACAAGAUAUUACGCUACUUCCCACUAAAACCGAGGCUUCAAAGAUUAUUCAUGUGUUCAAAGACUGCUUCUUUGAUGAGGUGGCAUGAUGGUAAAAAGAAGAAAGAUGGUACGAUGCGACAUCCUGUUGAUGCAGCCGCGUGGGAGUCAUUUGACAAGGAGUUUCCCGAGUUUGCAUCAGAUCCUAGAAAUGUUAGGUUGGGGCUUGCCAGUGAUGGUUUUCAACCCUUUGCAAACUCGAAAACACCUUAUAGUAUUUGGCCUGUAGUACUUAUGCCAUAUAACUUACCUCCAUAUCUUUGUAUGAAGCAGUCUAAUAUACUUCUUUCGAUGCUUAUUCCUAGUCCUAAAGGACCCGGUGAUGCAAUUGACAUAUAUUUGCAACCAUUGAUCGAGGAAUUAAAAGAUCUAUGGGACACUGGUGUCGAGACCUUCGAUCCAGCAACUCAACAUCAUUUUAAUUUACGUGCAGCACUAAUGUGGACCAUUAAUGAUUUUCCAGCAUAUGCCAUGUUGUCAGGAUGGAGUACUAAAGGGUAUUUGGCAUGCCCUCGUUGCCUUAAGGAUACACGAUCAAUGACACUAUCUCAUGGGGGCAAAGAAUGCUACAUGGAGCAUAGAUUUUAUUUGCCAAAGAACCAUAGAUGGCGGAAGGAUAAGGAUUCAUUUGACGGAAAAGUUGAGCAUGGUCUACCUCCUGAACCUUGUUCAAUUGAUGAAAUUCUUCUUCAACUCGAGGAUCUCGAGAACAUUGUUUUGUCCAAGGAUCCACAUGUGAAGACGAAAAUAAAUCAUGAGCUUAGGGGUGAUAAUUGGAAUAAGAAAAGUAUUUUCUUUGAGCUUCCAUACUGGAGGAAACAUUUGUUACGGCACAAUUUAGACGUGAUGCAUAUUGAGAAAAAUAUAUGUGAUAGUGUUCUUGGGACAAUUAUGAACAUCAAAGGGAAGACUAAAGACACUAUAAAAUCACGUCAUGACUUGGAAGCUAUGGGGAUAAGGCCCACAUUGCACCCAGUCAAAGAAGGGGACAAAUAUAAGAUGCCUCCAGCACCGUUUACUUUUUUUCCUGCCGAGAAGCAAAGAUUUUGUAAAUUUUUGAAAGAGUUAAAAGUACCUGACGGUUUUUCAUCGAAUAUAUAUGUUAGUGUGUCAACACUAAGGAAGGAAAAAUUUCAGGUUUAA